UUUGGGCCAUGGUCGUUUGACCCUUCUCCGCCCUCACCGGAACCACUACUGCUCCUGAACUAGAGGGAAGCCGACUUAUGUGAGCAUUUCGCUACAAGAGCUGUACAUAUACAGAAGACAAUGUCUGGAAGUUUCUACUUUGUAAUUGUUGGUCACCAUGACAAUCCAGUUUUUGAAAUGGAAUUUUUGCCAGCUGGGAAAGCAGAACCCAAAGAUGAACAUCGCCACCUGAACCAGUUCAUAGCUCACGCCGCUCUGGACCUGGUUGAUGAAAACAUGUGGCUCUCCAACAACAUGUACUUGAAAACUGUGGACAAAUUCAAUGAGUGGUUUGUGUCAGCUUUUGUCACCGCUGGGCACAUGAGAUUCAUCAUGCUUCAUGACAUGAGGCAAGAAGACGGAAUCAAGAACUUCUUCACUGAUGUCUAUGACUUAUACAUCAAGUUUGCCAUGAAUCCCUUUUAUGAACCCAAUUCUCCUAUUCGAUCUACUGCAUUUGAGAGAAAAGUUCAGUUUCUUGGAAAGAAACAUCUUGUAAGCUAAAUGCAGGAAACCUGAGAAUCACAGUGAAGUAUGCUCAGGAGUAUAUGUACUGUGAGUAACUGGAUAAAACAGACUGACAAAAAAAAAAAAAAAACAAAAACAGCCUGGCAAUGGAUCUCUGUGAGUUCAAUCCCAGCCUGGUCUACUGAGUGAGGACAGCCUCCAAAGCUACAGAGAAA